AUGGACGACGAAGAUGAGAGCUGUCUCCUCAUGAGGACUCUCUUAAAAGAACUUGCCGCGAUCUAUGAAGAUGACGAGCAUUGGAGCGUUCCAACGAAGGAACAAAUAACAAGGAUGGUACACCCCGAUGCCACCGGCCAGGGCCAACUUACGGAACGGCUCAAGAAGUGGUUCGAAAACGGCGCCGUCUCAGGCUUCGGGGAUGCACAGGAGACCAAAGUUCAUGCGAAUGUCCGGGAUGCACGCGAAAUUCCUGCCUCGGAAUUUAGUGUUUCACCGAAUCUUAUCGAGCAGGUUGAAAAAUGCUGGGGUGACCAUGUUGUUUCCGGCUCCGUGCGCGUCGAACCGUACGAGAUCCAUGUGUAUGGCCCUGGGGGCCAGUUGAAGGCCCACAGGGAUACAUCGGAGACGAACCUUGUUGGCACCUUCCUCGUUGGCCUUGGCGACACAACCAAAAAGGGUCGUCUCUUCAUCGGCGAGCAGAUUUACAAUCCCGUCGAGUACGAUGGACAUAAGGCGAUACCAGGUAGUUGGAUUGCCUUGCACCCCAACGUCAAACACAAAGUCGCGAAGAUUCAGGACGGAUACCGAGCUGUAAUCGCAUUCAAGUUCUUCUGUAAGGAAAAAGACGGGAUGCGGACAUCCGUUGUACGCAAGAAGAUGGAAAAUAUCUUGUAG